AUGCUCUACGUACUGAACAGAAACACCAAACUUGAGAAGCAGAUGCUGGAUUUGCAGCAGAGUCUGGAACACAAAGAGAGCACAAUUCAGGAGCUGUCAAACACGGUCAAAUGGUGUGAGAAGGAAUGUCGGCAAUUUGUGCAGCUUGGAGGCACCAAUGGAAAUCACUUCUCCAGCUCACAGACUCUGCUAGUUACAUGGAAAAGGCUUCCUGGCUAGAAGAACAGGUGAUGCAGUUAGUACAGUUAAUAAGUGAAGAGCAGAGCCGCCAUGACUUGAAGCCAUUAAUUGAGGCCAUUGAGUGUAUCAAACAGAAGGUGACCGCCAUUGAGAACUACAAGGAACGCAUAGAUAACCUAGAGAACCAGUUCAACAAGUACAAUAUGCAGAUUAACCUCCACAAAAAUUCAGCUCAGCAACAACGAGGAACGAUUCAGACUUUUAGAGAGCACCUGCUACAACGGCAAGCUGAUCUGGAAAAUCACAGACUACGAGAGGAAGAAGAGGGAGGCGGUGGAAGGUCGUGUGGUCUCCAUCUAUAGUCAACACUUCUACACCAGCCGAUGUGGUUACCGCCUGUGUGCUCGGGCCUACCUCAACGGGGAUGGUUCAGGCAAAGGAAACUAUUUCUCACUGUACUUUGUAGUCAUGAGAGGAGAGUUUGACUCACUCCUCUCCUGGCCUUUUCAAGCA